AUGGCUUCUCAAUUGCUAUGUUGCUUUAUUAUCCUCACCUUCCUUUCCAUGUUCAUCUUCCCAUCUCAAUCCACUUCCAGAAAAGAUAUUACUAAGUUUCCAUCUGAUGUCAAAUAUAACGAGAAGGUUAAUGUGUCCCUCUACCAUGAAACUCUCUGUCCAAGCUCUGCAUCCUACAUUUUGCAUGAUCUGUCCAACGCCCUCUUCAAAGAACGUCUCUUUCACAUAGUCAACCUGAGGAUGGUUCCAUGGGGAAACGCUCGCAUUGUGAAACCUCACAAAACCUUCCUCUGCCAGAAAACACUUUUGCAGCAUGGUCCUGAUGAAUGCUACUUCAAUACUAGACAUGCCUGUGCCCUCAAGGCAUGCACAGACCUGGAAGCGAACUUGGUAGCCAAUAUCUGCAAGGCCUACAAAGGCAAUCCUAAGCCAGAAAUUUGUAAAACAAUUCCACCCAAGAAAAAUUCAGCUGAGCAGACAAAUUCGAAGCACCCAGUAUGCUAUGCCAAUGAAAUAAGCCUGGCAUUAGAAGCACCACCUGGCUCAGGAAAAGCUUCAUGGCUGCACCUAGAAAAACAAAAACCUUGA